AUGAAGGAUAACGUUGGAUUUCUCAUUGAUAUGGGUCCAUUUCACAAGUAUAUACCGACACCAGCAUAUUAUGCAGCAAAGCGGAAUAUGAAUACAAUGCAUGAGUCCUACAUCAAAUUGUCCAAAAAAAGAGAGGCGAAGAGUGGGGAAGACGCGAUUGAAAAAACGACGUCGGUUGCUGAUCAUGUAUUUGCGAAACGGAAAUUGACAAAAGAAAGUCUCACUAUGCUUGCUGGUUUAAUGGCUGCUGGAGUUGAUACCAUCAGUACGACAUCGUUGUGGCUCCUAUACUUACUCUCUCGAAAUCCAGACAAACAAGAGAAACUCUAUCAGGAACUAAAACCCUUGGAUUCUGACGAAGAUAUAUCCGUUAAUAAAACCGCCUCGUACCUCAAAGCAAUCUUGAAAGAGUCGUUACGCCUGCACCCAGUCGCUUCCAUUUUCAGCCGCGUAUUCACCCAAGAUAUCGAGCUUCAUGGUUAUCACAUACCAGCAGGAGUAAACAUCCUGUUUCAAAAUCAUUUAGGGUCGAUUGAUGAGCGCUAUUUUGGCGAAGAUGCAAAGCAGUUUGUGCCAGAAAGAUGGCUUCGUGAUCUUGAUACUGAAAAUGUAAAGAGUUUUGAUCCCCUCGGUUCAUUGCCAUUCGGUCACGGUGUGAGAAUGUGUUUAGGACGGCGAGUAGCAGAGGCAUAUAUCUACACGUUAUUGAGCAAGAUAUUCAUGAAAUACCGAGUAGAGUUGUCUAGUAAACAGAGUGAUGUAAAUCCGAUCUUGAAUGGAGGACUUAUGAGGCCAGAUCGGGAAAUUUUAUUCAAAUUUCUAUUGAGAUAG